AUGGGUGGAAUGAAUGACGAAUUCAAGGUCGACCCUAGCUUUCAGCCCUGGGGACCUUUCAUUUCGCCAGAGUAUGAACUGGAGGCCAUCACUGUAUCCGAUAUCAUUAUCGCAUCCAUCGUAUGGGGGUUUACCUGCAUCAACGUCUUCCUCGCUAUCUACCUCUGUUUCAACCAGACACAAGGGUCGAGAUCCCCGAUACGGAGUGUGUACGUUUGGAUGAUAUGGCUGGAGUUGGCUGUUUCGUUUUUCAUGGGACUGGAGUGUUUCUUACAUCUCCUCAAGAUCAUUAGACCCAGUUUUGCGUUUUAUUUCACUAUCCUCUUCUUCUGGUGUAUCCAAGUGCAGCUAUUGCUCCAGAUCAUCAUCAAUCGUAUCCGAGUUAUUGUACCUGACAGAAAACGGUCUCGCGACAUUAUGAUUGCGACUGCUGUUUUCGUCACUAUCAUCAAUAUCAGUGUGUUCAAUAUCUGGAUACCGGCACGUCUACAAAUUAGCGACAAGUACCACAUCAUCAAUGAGUACUGGGAUCGAAUCGAGAAAGCCUUAUACCUAAUCGUCGAUGCUGGCCUUAACUGGUACUUUUUGAAGACUGUCAAGAACAACCUGAUCAACAACGGUCUUACCAAGUACAACAAACUUGUUCGGUUCAAUCAACAGAUUGUCAUGGUCUCGCUACUCAUGGACGUCAUGAUCAUCGCUGCCAUGUCCAUCCCCAACUCCUUUGUCUACAUCCAAUUCCACCCGCUCGCCUACCUCGUCAAGCUAAACAUCGAAAUGACAAUGGCCAACCUAAUCAAACGCAUCGCCAUCUCCACCUCGCGCAGAACAGGCAAAGCCUCCAUCGCCGACGAAUUCAAAUCCUCCUCCAACCUCUCCGCAACCGGCAGAAAGACCACCCGCCGCACCCGCGAAUCCCGCGCCGACAUCCACGAACUCACAAGCAUCGUCUCCUACCACGGCGACGCAAAAGGAACCGCCUCGGACCGCGUCAUCAGCUUCGCUCCCGCCGGCAACCAAAUCAAGGAAACUCGAGAGGUCAUUGUUAGUCACGAGCCCAACCCCUUCUUCGACGCUGGCCGUCGCACCUCCGAGGUCGAGAUUACGGGUGCGUAUACGGGCGGCAAGACGCAGGGGUUUGAGGGCAGGGCUAUGCACUCCGAGAGGAGGAAGAGUAUGGAUAGUAUUGAGGAAGGGAAUGAGAGUUUGAAGAGUUUGGAGCCGCCCAAGAGGGCCGAGGAUAGUGAUGAUGAGGCUGCACUUGUGGGGCAGAAAUUCAAAGCUUGGGCGAGGAAAGAUGGGUAG